AAUCUCUGAUAAUGACACUCACCACCGAAAACUGUCACGUUAUUGCCGACUUAUGCAUUGUUCCCGUUGGCAAAGAUGUCAGCACUUCGAAGUACAUCAUCGAAGUUCAAAAUGUUUUACAAGAAACUGGGCUGAAAACCAAUUUGCACGCUUGUGGCACCAACAUUGAGGGUAAAUUUGACCAAAUUAUGUCGGCUAUUCAAAAAUGUAUCAACAAGGUCCAUGAACUCGGAGUUGCUCGUAUCGAUACAACAAUCCGCCUCCAGACGCGCACUGAUAAAUCUAUGACGAUUAAAGACAGCAUCAACGCAGUGAAUGAAGUCGUCCCUUCUAAACAGUAG